AACUACAACUUCCAAGACAGUAUAAAAAAAACACAAUGAUCCCAUGUUUCCAUUGAAGAUUCAUGAAAUGGGUUCUUGCAUCAGCACUUGCAGACCCAAGAAAAGUUUCACACAAGAAUGUGGUUGUGUCCAACUCCAAGACAAGCUUGUUAUUACUCAACAAGUUCCAACCAGAACACCUAAAGUAUCUCCAAUUCCUGUCUCUAACAAAAUAUCUCCAUACCAUUCUUCUCCUACCGCUUCUACUUCUUCGAAUUCUUCGUUAACCGGAACAACAAGCAACACCACUACUAGUACUGCUAUAAGAUCAUGCUCGUCGUUGUCGACCUCAUCUUCAGUUUUGAGCUCCAAGGACAGGUCUUUCUCUAAUGAAUUCCUGUGGUCAUGUCUCAAGGAGAAUCCACACGUUCUCCGCAUUAAUUCAAUCAGGGAAAGAUCGUUUUCGUCGAGUACAAAAAUUGGUUCACAAAAAUUGAAUGCCCUGGAUAAGUCAUUGGCGAAGCAGUUGAUUCAAGAGAAGGUACAUUUGUCCAUACCGCAGAAGAGGGUUCGAGCAAGCUCGCCAAGUACUCUGACAAGACAAAAGAGCUUCCGUAGGGACACAUCGUCUUCUUCAUUACCAAGUAGGACACUGAGAUCACCCUCUCCGAGUAGGAGAUUUUCCGCUCAUGGCCUUAACGGGGACAAUGGCAGAGGAUUUGCAUCAACUACACAGAAGACUAAUUGCUCAGCGCGUACCGUUGGCUCGAAGUUUGGUGGGAUUAGUAACAAUUCAGUCUCUUCUGCUCUAAAGGAGUCUUUGAGGCCCCCAAGUCCAAUCCGUAAUUUAAAUUAUCUUGGCACUCCUUUGAGGAACAGAGAAACUUGCAUUCACCGGAUUAGUUCGAAAAUCGAUGAAGUUGCAGUUGGAGAAGCAUUGUCUCAUCUUGAUAACGACCUCGUCCUGAUGGAGGAUAUUGAUAAUCCUCUCAUCUCCUUGGAUUGCUUUAUCUUUAUGUAGAUUAAUGCAUGUCAAAGUAUGUAUGCGUGUGUUAAUUGUUCAUAAGAUUUUGAACUUUGUUUUCUCAUUUUCUUUUUCAAGAGUCACUUUUAGGUACCUACAAUUAUUCAUUUAUUCUUCAAUAUGCCUUACAAUGAUCAACUGGAUCAAAUUCUUCUAUCGUUA